GCUAAAAUGGCUGCUCUUCUAUCCUUGAAGUCAUAGUCUACCUGACAAUAAUAGCAAUGCAACUCCUCUCCCCCAUCACCGCGCUUGUACGCCCACGCAUUACCCUCUCUUCCACCGUCCGCCAUGCUCUCCACAACAGCGCAGUUCUCCUCUCGAAGCAGCUCCCUCCGCGCCGCGUAAUUCCCGAAUCCGAAAUAAUAGAGAACUUUCUGAAGGGCUCCGGUCCAGGUGGUCAGAAGAUCAACAAGACCUCGUCUGCCGUACAGCUCAAGCAUAUUCCCACGGGCAUCGUAGUCAAGUACCAAGACACGCGAAGUCGAGCGCAGAAUCGUAAGAUAGCAAGGAAGCUGCUGCAAGAUCGCCUUGAGGAGCACGAGUUGGGGGACGACGCGCGCACGAGGGUCAAGGCGAGGGAGAAGAGCAAAAAGAAGGCUAGUAGUGACAAGAAGAAGCGGAGGAAAUAUCGAGCGUUGGAAGCAGGCAAGGCGGAUGAGGAGAGCGCUGAAGAGCUUGAGGGGGUUGAGGAGCUUGAAGGGGAUGCUGAGGUGGAGAGUGGGGAUGCUGGCAAGAGCGUAGGCACACAAGGCAAGCGCGAGGGCGUGGACAAGGCGGGUUGAAACCGCACACAGCGAGAGCAUAUGAUACAUAUCACAGAGCUCAUGGCUAAAGACGUGGACACCACCAGACGAUGCUGUAGAAGCCUUCGACGGCGUUGGGACUGAGCAAAUGGCUGCAACUGCAAACAAGCGCCCGCUCGCCCCCUCAAUGACAGCUCGCACUCACAUGGAUGCGAAGCUGGGAAGCUCUGUCGGAGCAGCUGGACACAACAAGAGAUAGAGACACCACAUGGAUAGGCAUAAGAACUCAG